CAGUUAAUAGUUAAUAGUCCUAGAGUUAUUAACAACAGAAGUGGGAGGGAAAGCACAGAAGAAAAGAGAGUAUUAGAGAGGAAUUCCCAAAAAUACCCUUACCCGUUCCUCAAAAUCUCCUCCCGCAAGUGCCAAUAGCGUCCCCAACACACACUCUCUCUCUUUCUUUCUCUCUCCCCGCGAUGGAGAAAGGCGAGAGCUCCGCCUCCACGUCGGAGCCAGACUCCGACGAGAGCCGCCACCCGACGGCCCACCACCUCACCCCGCCCGCCGGCCUCACCCCGGACGAGUUCGUCUCGCUCGUCCCCUCCGUCAUGGAGCACCACACCUACCUCAUGGGCCCCGGCCAAUGCUCCUCCCUCCUGGCGCAGCGCGUCCACGCGCCGCCCGACGCCGUCUGGUCCGUGGUCCGCCGCUUCGACAAGCCACAGGCCUACAAGCACUUCAUCAAGAGCUGCGCCGUCAAACACCCCUUCCACAUGGCCGUCGGCUGCACCCGCGACGUCAAUGUCAUCUCCGGCCUUCCCGCCGCCACCAGCACCGAGCGCCUCGACCUCCUCGACGACCUCCGCCGUGUCACCGGCUUCAGCAUCAUCGGCGGAGAACACCGCCUCCGGAAUUACCGCUCCGUCACCACCGUCCACUCCUUCCACCACCACGACGACGACGACGACGAUAAGAUCUACACCGUCGUCCUGGAGUCCUACAUCGUCGACGUCCCCGACGGGAACACCGAGGAGGACACGCGUCUCUUCGCGGACACCGUCGUCAAGCUCAACCUCCAGAAGCUCGCCUCCGUCACCGAAGGAACCAACCGCGACGGUGACGCUAAGCCGCACGUGCGGUGAACCACCACUCCACAAAAUAAAAGAAAAAAUAUUCAAAAUUUGGAAUUUGAAACAAUCGCUCCGCCCCCAACGAAUUCAUAAAAGGAGAAAAACAAGUUUUAUUUUCUUUGUUCCUUUUUUUUUUUUUUCUUGAAAUUCAUUUUGUUUUCUUUUUUCGGGUGAGAGUGUUUGUUUAGCAUGUCCUCCUUGGUCGUGGUGGAUGCACCGUUGAAUUUUGUCAUUACAAUGGGUGAGGGCAAAUCGGUCAAUGCACGUGUACAGGAAAUGUUGACUUGUGAUGUUCAUCGUCUUUUUAACUGUUCUGUGAAUAUCAUUUCCCUUUUUUUGCUUUUCC